CGGCCGGGGCGGGGAGGAGGGUAAAGGACGCGGCGGCGGGCCCUAGGCAAGGGGGGCGGCAGGGCUGUGAGUGCGGGCCGUGUUGGGCUAAAGGCGCGAUGCAAAGUGUGUGAAGGGCUUGGGCUGCAGGCGGAGCAUUGAGCGGGGGUGUGGGAGGACGUUCUGCGCCAGGGUCUGGCAGGGUUUGUAUCUUUGGGGAGAUUAGGGCGGAGUUGCAGGCUUCGAGGGGCUGUGCUGGUCGACAGCGGCUGAACGUGAGCCAGCAGUGUGCCCAGGUAGCCCAAUGGCAUCCUGGCCUGUAUCAGCCAUAGUGUGGAAAGCAGGACCAGGGCAAGGAUUGUCCUCCUGUGCUCCCCACUGGUGAGGCCGCGCCCCGAAUCCUGUGUUCAGUUCCGGGCCCCUUAGCUCCGGACAGACAGCGAGGUGCUGGAGCGGAGCUGGGGAAGGGUCUGGAGCACAAGUCCAGAAGGGGCUGGGAUUGUUUAGCCUGGAGAAGAGCAGGCUCUGGGGGGACUUCACUGCUCUCUGCAGCUGCCUGAAAGAAGGGUGGAGCCAAGUCAGGGUCGGCCUUUUCUUCCAGGCAACAAGUGACAGGAAAAGAGGAAGUAGCAUUAAGCUGUGCUAGGGAAAGUUUAGAUUGGCCAUUAGGAAGAAUUUCGUGACAGAAGGGGUUAUUAGACAUUGGAAUAGACUGCCCUGGGAGGUGGUGGAGUCACCAUCCUUGGAGCUGUUUAAGGAAGGACUGGACAUGGCGUUCAAGGCCAUGGUCUGGUUGACACGGGGAUUUUGGGUCAUAGGUUGGACCCGAUGAUCUCAGAGAACUUUUCCAACUUAAUUCAUUCUGUGAUUCUGUGUGAAAGGCCUUGGACAGAGUGUGUGACAUGGGGUGAGGGUUGGAACCCCACAGGGUGUGUGUAGGCAGUGUCACUGUGCUCGGGCUGUCACUCCUGUGCAGGGCUGAGCUUUGGUGCGGAACAGGGCAGGAUGCACAAUGCACACGUGAGCCAUCCUGGGUGCUAACAUGCCCUCUCCUCUUUUCUGAGCCGUGCUGCUUAUGGCUUCACUUCACUGCAGGACUGAGUCUUGGUCUCUCCAUUUUUCUACACCAUGGUGAAAUUUGAUAGUGGAGUUUUACUGCUGAGCACACACAGACUGAUCUGGAGGGAUCAGAAGAAUCAUGAGUGCUGCAUUGCUGUACCUCUGUCUCAGAUUGUAUUUAUUGAAGAGCAAGCAGCUGGGAUAGGAAAGAGUGCCAAAAUAGUAGUUCAUCUUCAUCCUGCUUCUUCAAACAAAGAGCCUGGUCCAUUCCAAAGCAGCAAAUAUUCCUAUGUCAAGCUUUCUUUCAAAGAACAUGGUCAGAUUGAGUUCUACAGACGAUUAUCAGAAGAAAUCACACAGAGGAGAUGGGAGAGCUUGCCCACUGGUCAGGCCAUGCAAGUUAACAAGGAUUCAAAGGCAGGAAGAAUAAGGGCUGUAGGAAUUGUUGGUAUUGAAAGGAAAUUAGAAGAAAAAAGAAAAGAGACUGACAAAAACAUUUCCGAGGCUUUUGAAGACCUUAGCAAACUAAUGGAGAAGGCUAAGGAAAUGGUGGAAUUAUCCAAGUCAAUAGCCAACAAGAUUAAAGAAAAACAAGGUGACAUCACUGAGGAUGAGACCAUUAAGUUCAAGUCCUACCUACUGAGUAUGGGUAUAGCUAAUCCAGUUACAAGGGAAACAUAUGGAUCUGGUACACAGUACCACAUGCAACUGGCAAAGCAACUGGCUGGAAUCCUGCAGGCACCCCUAGAGGAGCGAGGGGGGAUCAUGUCUCUGACAGAAGUGUACUGCCUGGUGAAUCGUGCUCGAGGGCUGGAGUUGCUGUCACCAGAAGAUUUAGUAAAUGCUUGUAAAAUGCUGGAAUCACUGAAAUUACCACUAAGGCUUCGGAUAUUUGAUAGUGGUGUCAUGGUGAUUGAACUCCAGUCUCAUAACGAAGAGGAAAUGGUAGCUGCUGCUUUAGAGACAGUAUCUGAAAAGGGAUCUCUCACAGCUGAUGAGUUUGCUAAGCUGGUGGGGAUGUCUGUUCUCUUAGCCAAAGAAAGGCUGCUUCUUGCUGAAAAGAUGGGCCAUCUUUGCAGAGAUGAUUCAGUGGAAGGCUUGAGAUUCUACCCAAAUUUAUUUCUGACACAAAGCUAAUAGCAUUUGUGUACAAUUUGUUAUGUAAUAAUUGAACAAGAGAGCAGAAUCCUUCCAAGAACUGACUUUAAAAUUCUUAUUUCGUUAGUCAUCUGCAAGAGACAUGAACAUUGCAAUGCUUUUACAGUUCUCAGGUAUUUCAAGUGCUGAAUCGUCUUACAUGGAACUGAAAGGAAAUAGAAAUCACAAAGUCAGAAGCAUGUCUAUUGUCUCAAGACAACUCACUCAUUUUUCAAGUUUUAUUUGAUGUGCUGUGUAGUUCCUCAUUUCAAGAGAAGAUUCCACACCAGUGAAAGUGGAGAGAAUGUUGCUGUAGAGUGCUGUGAGGGUCAGUACCCAGAAGCCAGCUUACUGCAUACUCCAAUUCCAGUUUGCUCCAGUUUGCUUAUGUCUGGAGCAGCGCAGCAGACAGAUGUAUCCACAGUGAUAAGAAAUGGGACUCUGGUGUCUACUGAGGUAUAAGGAACAAACUAGUGUAGAAUAAUCCUUUCUCCCAGAAGUGAUUAACAGUUUUCUAAGGGAGGAUCCUUGGGAUCUAGAAUUUGAGACAGAAAGAACCUGCUGCAAGAGAGAUUAUUGUAUGUUAGGCAAAUCUAGAAAUUACCGUGUUUAUUUUGUCGUGUCUUACACUAAUAUCUCAGAUAGAAGCAUUGUUAGCACAGACUUCCUCCCUUCUCUUUCCUUGACAUCUUCCUUCCUGUCCAUUUAUGUUGCACUUUGGGUGCCCCUUCUCUGUCUUUUCUGUAGCAGAGUGGAGCAGCCUCCUGUCACUUUACCAGACGCUGUGCUUUAAUGUGCUUGUGUUUAUCUUGUACUUCUAACAAAAGAUCAUUUGUUAGUUUCAUCAGCCUAUUACAUGUUUUGGGGAAACAGUUCAUUUGCUUACCUCUCAUAUGUGAAAAUCAAUAUGCUUUCUGUAUUGAAGGGAGGAAGAAGACUAUCACCCUGUGUUUAAUAAUCACAAGGUAUCAUUGUUUGGUAUUCUUCACCCUGUGUUCACACUGAAUGCGAUAUAAUAGCCUCGGUUUUCAUAACUCCAGUGGAGUUGCUACACUACUUGAAGAUCUGUCAUGAUGAAAACAGUUAAGUGGAUGUUUAUGAUCCACAUUACCUGAAUUUUUGGCAUUUUGAAGUGACUAUUUUUAAUAAAUAAAGUUAAUUUAAGGUAUGGGCAAGGACAUCAUACAGGUAACUACACUGUGGUUGUGAUGGCCAGAUCAAUACUACAAGAAAAGACAAAAAGGGUUUUAAUAUGAGCCUGAAGAUAUUUUCAGAACUAUUUCAGUGUUACCACAGCAUGAGUUGACAUGAGUUAAGAGCCUGCCAAUAGUUCAGUGCAGAGAUUCCUACAGUGAUCAUGCCUGUGGCUUGUAGGAUGUCCUUUAUAUCCAGGGGAUUAGUAAGAGGAUCCAUCCUCUUACUCUUGUCACAAGCAAACUUUCAUGCAGUGCUUUCUUUAAGGCAGCUUUCCUCUGCUCCACGAGGGUGCUAAAACUUAUCUCUUUCACAUGGCUGAAGGAACCAGUUCCACACUAUUUUUACAGUGUUAGUCACCUGGUGUCAUCUCUUCAGGAGCCUUACAGCUUGCUGCUUUCCUUCAUCCUACCCACAACCCAAAGGAGAGAUCCAUGCCAAGCACACUCUGCACCACAUAUCUAAGGAGGGCCUGAAAAGUGAGAAAUUUGGAAGCAAAGAGCUGUUUUGUGACAACUGUCUCUUUUGCCCAAUAAAAACCUGCCAUGGAAGGCCAGUGGUUUGUGGGCCUGAGCCUCACCCCACAAGGGGGCACGUCGUGUGCAGGAAGAACAAAACCCGAGAGGAAAUGCCUAGUGCAAACUGCCAGCCUCUGUUCCUCCAACCCUGAGUGUUUCAUUAUCUUACUUCAGCAAUAAUAAUACAGCCUAUUUAGAAUAAUGGUACCUUCUCAAGCUUUUCUUUUCCAAGAUUUUUCCUUGACUUUGUUUUUCUUCCAGACAAAAAGGCUAGAGGGGAAACUGUAUUGCUGGUUUAGAAUUUAAGCAGACACAUGAGAAAAUGGCUACUAGAAAGUAAGAAAAAUUAAAACAUUUUCUUAAACAG